AUGUACGAUGAGCAGGGUAAACACGAACUUGCCGACGAUCUGAGAUCAAACUGGUACGAGACCUGCAAGCGAGUUCUUGGUGAAGACCACCCCACGACAAUAGGCUAUAUGUCUAACAUAGCAUCCGCAUACAUCCGCCAGGGGCGUUGGCAGGAUGCUGAACCCUUGCUUGCUCAAUCACUGGAUAAAUGUCAAAAACACUUUGGCAAUCAGCAUCCAGAUACCCUGACUGUGAUGCUGAACAUGGCAGAAAUCCACGAGAGACAAGAGCGUUGGGACAUGGCUGAGAAGCUAUACCUGCAUGUAAUUGCACUCAGAAAGGAGGUUCUCGGAGAGAAACAUUUUCGUACGCUCACGGCGCUAAACCAGCUCGGGAUUUUCUAUCAGAAUUCUCAAGUUGGGCGAUAUUCAGAAGCUGUGGACAUCCAUGAAAAGGUGAUAGAUGGUUUCAAGGAGGCACUUGGGCAGAAUCACCUUUCAACUCUGACGUCCCAGAAUAAUCUUUCAGCGGCUCUCAGGGAGCAAGGCCGCCUGGAGGAAGCGGCAGAACUCGGGCUCAAAACUCUGGAAAGUAUGAUGCUUUCGCCGGGAGAGGACCACCCUAAUACAAUCAUAACCCGCAACAAUCUUUUGAUGACAUAUCAACGCCAGCGUCGACCUCAGGCUAUCUACUCCCUUGUUGAGAAAGGCUCAACAGUACAUAUCCCAUCGCUUACUCGUAUGCCGAUCCCUGGCCAUUCUGGAGACACGUGGCCCAGCGAAACCUACUAUCCUCGGCAGCCGCGGGACAUCUUUGAGGUGUUCAGCGUUUUGCGCCAAUGCGGUAGUAGGGAUCUUCCUCGACAUAUUGUUCUACAGAUUGUCGACCAAGCUCAGUAUUGGAUUUCCGAUAGAGCAUGUAGGAAAGAGACAUUGUGUGUUUCCGAAGCCAAUUGCCAAGGACGGACUCCAUAUCUAGUCACUGAACUUGUUCAUGGCUUGAGAUAUCCUAUCAUGCAGAUUAUCCUGAGCAUUUCAAGUCAUUUUCACCAGGAGAGCUCUGACAAUGAGGAUCAAGAGAUUUUAGAGAUUGAACAGGCAUGUUUCGAGAUUGAGAUUGAACGCCCAGAUGCGAAAGAUCACGAUCCAAUCUUGGUCCGAAUGGGCGUCCGAAAGCGCCUACACGCAUGCUCGAAAGCCCACCGGGUUGUCGCUUCGCUCAGCCCUGGCAAAAGUCUCGAGGCUGGCGACAAGAUUUCAAUUAUUCCGAUAGCGCCCACUCCAGGAUGGAUGGUCUUCGUAAAAUCAGCGUGCAUCGAUGUACAGAUGACCUGUCUGUUGUCAGAUGAGGAGCUGAGCCGUGUUCCAUAA